GGGCUGGCUGCUUAAGGGCUGGUAUAAAGGACUUGUUUCCUGCUGAAAAAGCAGAAAGAGAUUACCAGCCACAGACAGGUCAUGAGCCCGGUGUUACUGCUGGCCCUCCUGGGGGUCACCUUCCCACUGCCAGGAGUGCAGGCGCUGUUCUGCCAGUGGGGGACAAUUCAGAAUGUGUGGAAUGUGUCCGACCUGCCCCUGCAAUGGACCCCUAAGAACACCAGCUGCGACAGCGGCUUGGGGUGCCAGGACACGUUGAUACUCAUUGAGAGCGGACCCCAAGUGAGCGUGGUGCUCUCCAAGGGCUGCACGAAGGCCAAGGACCAGGAGCCCCGCGUCACUGAGCACCGGAUGGGCCCCGGCCUCUCCGUGAUCUCCUACACCUUCGUGUGCCGCCAGAAGGACUUCUGUAACAACCUCGUUACCUCCGCCCCGCUUUGGGCCCCGCAGCCCCCAGCAGACCCAGGAUCCUUGAAGUGCCCAGUCUGCUUGUCUAUGAAAGGCUGUCUGGUGGGGAAAACAGAAGAGAUCUGCCCCAAGGGGACCACACACUGUUAUAACGGCCUCCUCAGGCUCAGGGGAGGAGGCAUCUUCUCCAAUCUGAGAGUCCAGGGAUGCAUGCCCCAGCCAGAUUGCAACCUGCUCAAUGGAACGCAGGAAAUUGGGCCCGUGGGUAUGACUGAGAACUGCAAUACAAAAGAUUUUCUGACCUGUCAUCGGGGGACCACCUUGAAGAAGCAGGAAAACUUGAGUAAAGAACCCACUGAAUGGACCACAUUUAAUACUGAGACGUGCGAGGCGGGGCAGGUGUGUCAGGAGACGCUGCUGCUCGUAGAUGUAGGACUCACAUCAACCCUGGUGGGGACCAAAAGCUGCAGCGCUGUUGGGGCUCAAAAUUCCCAGAAGACCACCAUCCACUCAGCCCCUCCUGGGGUGCUUGUGGCCUCCUAUACCCACUUCUGCUCCUCGGACCUGUGCAAUAGUGCCAGCAGCAGCAGCGUCCUGCUGAACUCCCUUCCUCCUCAAGCUGCCCCUGUCCCAGGAGACCGGCAGUGUCCUGCCUGUGUGCAGCCCCUUGGAACCUGCUCAAGUGGCUCCCCCCGAAUGACCUGCUCCAGGGGUGCCACUCACUGUUAUGAUGGGUACAUUCAUCUCUCAGGAGUUGGGCUGACCACCACAAUGAGCAUUCAGGGCUGUGUGGCCCAACCUUCCAGCUCCUUGUUGAACCACACCAGACAAAUCGGGAUCUUCUCUGUGCGUGAGAAGGGUGAUGAGGAGCCUCCUGCCUCUCAGCCUGAGGGAGAUGGGGCUGGGGGCCUGGAGUCUCUCACGUGGUGGAUAGGGCUAACACUGGCCCUGGCACUGUGGUGGGGGGCGGUUUGCCCUUCCUGCUAACUGUGGGUGGCAAGCCAUCCAGGUGCCAAGGCAAGAGACCAAGUGCACAAGCUGUCCCAGUAUAAUAAAAUAUAUAAAACAACAAGAGUUAUACUAGAUCUUGAUCAUAGAUGUGAUUAUAUAUGAAUAUCAUUAAUCAUUAGUUGGUAGCAAUUACUCUUUAUUCCAAUAUUAUAAUAAUCCUCACUCUAUAAUCAUAACCUAGGAAAAGCCAGGCCAUACAGAGAUAGGAGCUGGGGAGACAUAGUGAGAAGUGACCAGAAGACAAGAGUGCGAGCCUUCUGUUAUGCCCUGACAGGGUCACCAGAGGGCUCCUUGGUCUAGCGGUUAACGCCAGCGUCUGGGAAGACGCCCGGUGCCAAGCGGACCGUGGUCUAGCGGUAGCGUCAGUGUCAAGGAAAAACACCUGUUACUUAGCAGACCGGGAAAGGGACUCUGCCUUUCCCCCGGGGAGUUUAGAGAAGACUCUGCUCCUCCACCUCUUGUGGAGUUACUCCACCCGCAAUUAUCCGGAGGCCUAACCAUCUCCCUGUGAUGCUGUGCUUCAGUGGUCACACUCCUAGUCCGCUUUCAUGUUCCAUCCUGUACACCUGGCUCUGCCUUUUAGAUAACAGUAGCAAAAUUAGUGAAAGUACUAAAAAUCUCUGAUAUGCAGAAAUAAGGGCGUAAGCUGUCUCUCUCUCUCUCCCUCUCUCUCUCUCUGCCUCGGCUGCCAGGCAGGGAAGGGCCCCCUGUCCAGUGGACACAUGACCCACGUGACCUUACCUAUCAUUGGAGAUGACUCACACUCUUUACCCUGCCACUUUUGCUUUGUAUCCAAUAAAUAACAGCGCAGCCAGACAUUUGGGGCCACUACCGGUCUCCGCGACUUGGUGGUAGUGGUCCACCGGGCCCAGCUGUCUUUUCUUUUA